UAUAAUACUUGGUAGGAGCUCAAGAGGCCGAGGGGGUGAUGGGGCGACCGCCUUUCCACUGCCAUAUGUUUAUUGGGAAAAACAGAUAUAGGGAAGUGGCGGAGCGGGGAAAACGCGGGAAAAGGAUGCAGGAGGAUAAGAACAAUGACAGGAGUCUAUAAAAUCUGAAGAUGAUAACUAGACGAUGAAGUACGGUAGACAUGGUAGAAGGCCAAAAAAGAAGACAAUUACUUAUUAAAAUGGAAGAAGAAAACAGAAAAAAAAUUAAAAUUAGAGACAUGCACAUGAAGAUUACCAAAAUAUUACUUCUGAAUAAAGAUUUUCGUUUGUGAUGAUUACAGCGUUAGGAGACUUCUCUUUUCUUAUUUGAAUGAAAAGAAAUAGAUAAAUGUAUAAACUAAUGAUAAACUAAAUAAAGUAACGAAUCGUAAAGACUUGUGGAGAAACUAUCUGCGUCUGCAUGGCGUUAUAAUGCAAGAACUUUUCAAUUUAGUAAGAAAAUUGGGAAUCGAACAUUUAUUUCAGUUUACAGCGUCAAUUAAAAAAAAAAAUCGUUUACCCGAGUCCCGACCGAGACAAGUUGCAACCUUGAUGAUGUUAUUAUGAUUAUCACGUUCAUAUAGUAGUGUAAAGUAUUGGUGAGGAUGGGGGUGGUGGUGGGUUUCUGGCGGGAUUGCUAGUAGUAUCAUGAUAUUGUCACUAUUUUACUACCACUCAGUCAUCCUCCCGCCACUAGAAUUACCCUGCUGCAGCCGCCCACAGUUAUGUCGUCACGAAACGUCCUCUCUUUUUUCGUCCCUGUUUGGUUUCGACCCUUCUACUGCACGUAGCUUGCUUGUAUACCAUAAACAUAUACUAUUCUAACCAAGAUGGUGCCGUUCGGGUGCGUGCGAUUUGCCUCGACAUUUCUUCUCAUGAUAUUAUUAUUGAAAGUCUGCCGUGGUCAAUACUUUUAUGACAUUCGUCUUGUUGGCGGAAGUCAUGAAAACGAAGGGAGGGUAGAGAUAUACUACAGCUCUCAGUGGAAUACCAUUUGUGAUAGUGGCUGGGGCAUCGAAGAGGCCAGGGUGGUAUGUCGGCAACUUGGCUACAACACCAUCAACGUGGUAGCAAGGCACAACGCUUACUAUGGUCAAGGAACAGGUUCGACCCGAAAGCUACGUUGCAGUGGCCACGAGACUAGAGUUCAAUACUGUUCUCUUACCUAUUCAUACUGCGAUCAUUCUGAAGAUGCUGGAGUUGAGUGUGGUUACCCUUCCACAACCUAUGAUCCAUUCUGGUGGCUGACAACAAUUGAUUACUAUGAUAGGAACCGUGUACGUCUUGUGGGUGGCAGUACUCCAAGAGAGGGACGAGUGGAGAUCUGGUUCAACGGCCAGUGGAGCACAGUCUGUGAUAAUUCAUUUUAUAAUGACGAAGCAGAGGUUGUAUGUCGCCAGCUUGGUUACAACACCGAUAACGCAGUGGCGAGAGGCUAUGCUUAUUAUGGGGAAGGAUCGGGACCUACAAUUCUACGAGUCACUUGCUACGGUUGGGAGUUAACCUUAAGUUCCUGCACUGUCACGUCACGUUAUUCCUCGACAUGUGGUCAUCAUGAAGACGUAGGCGUUGAAUGCGGAUAUUCAACAAGUCCCACCUACACGCUACCGCCAUCCUGGUACACAUCCUACCCUUCAUCCAGGAUCGUCGGUAUAAUGUCUUUCAUCGGCGUCUCCUUGUUCCUGCUGACCAUCGCCUCGUUUGUGGCAGUGUUAUACACCUGUAACAAACGCCAAAAAUCGAAUUCGGCAACGGUGGUUGAACUUCAGCCUGUGUCUUCCACAUCCACCACACCUUCCUCAGCUCCCGGUCCCACUGCAAUGACCCAUAUGCAGGUCAAUCUACCCAGAGAAAGCGAGUAGGAUCUAUGCUUCAUAUUUCGUAUUUUAUGAAAAAAUGAUUUUCAUAGCUCUAUGUAAAGAAUAACAUAGCAUUUUUCAAU